AUGCUUGUUCGGCCAACUUCAGUGGACCAAAGGCUGGGCGACAGCGAGUACCACUUCUCGUGGCGACAUGACGGCAGCAAGACUUACACUUGGGAUGGCGCCAACCAGUACUGCGGCAACCUUGGCUCCGGCUGGCAGGGUAUCAGCAUCGAGACUCACCAAGAGGACAGUCUCGUCAGAAAGGCGAUUACAGAAGAUCAACUACCAUGGAUUUGGACCUCAGGUCGUCUCAAGAAUCACGGCUUCGCCUGGGCUUCAGGUGCUGAAUUCGUGGGUCUCAACUGGUCUCACACCGGCGGGAAUCAUCGACCACAACCAGACAACCGAGAGGGGAACGAGGAAUGUCUAGGGGUUCUCAACAACGUCUACGACGACGGCAUCAAGUGGCACGACAUCGCCUGCCACCACGACAAGGCCAUCAUCUGCGAGCGCAAAGUCAGAGUCCACGGAUGAACACAGAUACACAUACACAAACGCAGAGAUGCACAUACAUCAAUGUUUUAGUGUAUGUAUUUA